GUAUCACGUGACCGCGAACCCGGAUGUGAAAUUACGUCAUAUCCUUUGACGCGUGUGUGGAAAACCGCCAUUUCUAACAGUUUGAAUCUGUGGGUGGACGUCGUUUUUUAUCUAGCUGAAUCCGAAAAUAUACUACAAACAUGACUGAAGCAGAAGAAUUACUUGACUACGACGAAGAAGAACAUGAAACUACUCAAGAAAUCUCAACAGAUAAAAAAGAUGCAAAAAAAGAUGUCAAGGGAACAUACGUCUCAAUACAUAGCUCUGGUUUUAGAGAUUUUCUUUUGAAACCAGAGUUAUUGAGAGCUAUUGUUGACUGCGGUUUUGAGCAUCCUUCAGAAGUUCAAAAUGAAUGCAUUCCGCAAGCUGUACUUGGUAUGGAUGUGCUCUGUCAAGCUAAAUCUGGUAUGGGGAAAACUGCAGUGUUUGUGCUCGCCACAUUACAACAACUUGAACCUGUGGAUGGCCAGGUAUCUGUGUUGGUAAUGUGCCAUACUCGAGAACUGGCCUUCCAAAUCAGUAAAGAAUACGAACGUUUCUCCAAGUACAUGCCCACCAUUAAGGUGGCUGUGUUUUUCGGUGGCUUGCCAAUCACCAAAGAUCAAACAACGUUGAAGAACAACUGCCCUCAUAUUGUUGUUGGUACACCUGGUCGUCUCUUGGCACUCAUUCGCUCAAAAUCACUCACCUUAAAAAAUGUCAAACAUUUUAUUCUUGACGAGUGUGAUAAAAUGUUGGAACAAUUAGAUAUGCGACGUGAUGUUCAAGAUAUCUUCCGUCUUACUCCCCAUGAGAAGCAAGUGAUGAUGUUUAGUGCCACGCUCAGCAAAGAUAUCCGACCAGUGUGCAAGAAGUUCAUGCAAGAUCCAAUGGAAGUUUAUGUUGAUGAUGAAGCAAAGCUCACCUUGCAUGGUCUUCAACAACAUUAUGUCAAGUUGAAAGACAAUGAAAAGAAUAGAAAGUUGUUUGACCUCCUUGAUGCAUUGGAGUUUAAUCAGGUGGUGAUAUUUGUGAAGUCAGUGCAGAGGUGCAUGGCUUUGGCUCAAUUAUUAAAAGAACAAAACUUUCCUGCGAUUGAUAUACAUCGUGCAAUGAACCAAGAAGAAAGACUCAGUAGAUACCAACUGUUUAAGAACUUUGAACGACGUAUUCUUGUUGCUACAAACCUAUUUGGGCGAGGUAUGGAUAUUGAAAGAGUGAACAUCGUUUUCAACUAUGACAUGCCAGAGGAUUCUGAUACUUACCUGCACAGAGUUGCAAGAGCUGGUAGAUUUGGUACAAAAGGUCUCGCCAUCACUUUUGUCUCCGAUGAAACGGAUGCGAAAACAUUAAACGAUGUUCAAGAUCGUUUCGAGGUCAAUGUCACCGAACUUCCUGAUGAAAUCGAUAUUUCCGCCUACAUUGAGGGGAGAUAAACAUUUCAUUCUUUACACUUUUGUUAUCCAAUGCUGGCUUUGUCACCGAAGAACUACAAAUGAAACUUUGUUUUUAUGUAAAUUUCUAAACUGUUGUUUUAGAUCUGUAGUCGGUAUCGGGAAAUUUGUAGUCAGCUGUAUUUUUACAGUCGUUCUCAUUCAUAUGAUAAUUUUGAAAAUAAAACUAUGUAUCAUUUA